AUGGCAUUCCUCCUCAAAUCGUUUGCUGUCCUUGCUCACUUUGGCAUAGCUUCGUCGUUGGCCCCAGGAGAUUGUGCUUUCGUUGGCAUCUAUGGCGAGAAGGAUGAUUUUGCAAUCCUUUUGAUGGAAGAUGCGAAUGGGGAGAAGAUAUCCUUGACAGACGGGAAUUUCAAGGACAAGGACUUUGAGGCCAGCCAGAGGGCUCAAGCGAAAGACCAUGUGAAAGAUGCCGUCAAGGGAACUGUGUUGAGGAAGUCGGACUUUGUGACCGAGAACGGGUGGUCCUUUGCCGCUCCUUUGGCACUCACAGUUUACAAGGGAAGCCCAUCAUCUCCCACGGCCUUGUGCGGCGUCAAUUUGGAUGGGAAAACAGGCGGCAUGGCAGUUCGACGGCUCGAUGAAGAGGUGGCGGCACUCUAUCUUGGCGAGACUGAAACUGCUCAAUAUGCAGGACUCAUGACUGGCAGCAAGGAAGAGCUCUCGGAAGGCAUUCACAACCCGUUGAAUUGGCUGCGGGAUGCCCGAGCUGUUCGCCAACUCUCCGGCUUUAGCAUUGCUUCGGGCCAGAACAGCACCACAUUGAUGACCACGACCUCAAUGGGGGGAAACACCACGGAGACGACUGAGACCACCAGCAGCAUGGACAUGACCACAGAAGAAGAGGAUGGUGCAGCACACGCCACUGUUUGCGGCUUGAUCCUUGCCGCUGGCUUCGCCGUGAUGUGA